AUGGUGACAUCUGCUCCAAUUGGGUGGUCCAGUUAUGCUCAGUUAUGUCAUUACAAAAAGGUUACGCCUUGCAAAAGCGAAGUAGGGAUGUACAAUACAAUAUACGAAAAUGUCUCCAAAAAGUUUCUGCCAAAGUAUGUUUACGACAACUCUCAAAGGAAGCUCGCCAAAAAAGUUCUAAAGAAACAGAAAUUGAUUCAUGAAACGCAAAGACCGAAAGCAGAUUUACGCAUCCGUCGCCAUGUUCGGAACCCUUCCAACGAUCCAACGUAUGCUGCCAGAUCUGAAAACGUGUUUCAUGAGAGACCAUAUUUUCCUCCCAUAAAGAAGAACCUUCCUAUUACAUCAUAUCUUCCUUAUUCCCCUAAAGAGGUAAGCACGAUCGUCAAAAGACUGUCUACAUACGAUAAGUACCGCGUCCCAGAAUCACGAGGCUACCCUGUACCAUCCCCUGAACCAAGCUGGAUGAAGGAAGAUAAAAAGUACAGCGAGAGUGAUAUCCAGGUAGUCGUUAACCGUUUGUCACAAUAUGACCCCGAGUCGUAUCCUCCGGAAUCUCGUGGAUCAACGAGAACGCAUCUACAGUCACGUGGUACUACAGCAGCAACCUCAACUAGAGGAGUAUCACGAGGGAAAAGUUUUAGAGAGAAGGCUGGAGACGAGGCACCCCCUGCUAUUACUACAUAA